AUGGCAAAAUUCAACUUAUUUCAGCGGUCCUCAUCACGCCCAUCUUUAGCUUCGGAGAAGCCAGCCGAAGUGAAAAUGGGGACUCUAUAUCGUAGUGAACCGAUGAAACUUUGCGAAAUGAUAUUGGUCAAGGAUGCUGCUUAUGAUUGUGUUGGUGAAUUGGGAAAAUAUGGCAAUGUGCAAUUCAAUGACCUAAAUGCCAAAAGAAAUAUUUUUCAACGAACAUUUAUAAGAGAGGUGCGACGAUGUGAAGAACUUGAACGGAAAUUGAGAUUUCUCGAGCGACAGGUGGUGGAAUGCGUGCCGGGUGUAGAGCUUCUACCAAUAGACGCUUCAACCAUUGAAACGCCGUCACAUUCCGAAAUCAAUAACUUGGAGACACGAGUGGACGAGCUAGAGCUUGAUUUCGUCUCACUGAAUAAAAACGACAGUUACCUGAGAAAAAACUUGAACGAAAUGCGCGAAUAUGAAUACGUCCUGCAGCGAGUCGAACAGUUUUUUGAAGUGCACACGGAGGAUGAGGCAAUGAAUAACAUCGAAGUUCCGGACGCUGCGGUAAAGCUUUUGGAUUCAGUUUCACGGUUUUUAUAA